CGUCAAUCGAUUUUUCCCUGCUGACGACUGGCUCUGUUAUUUUUUCUUUUCAGAAAAAGAGCCCUUGUCGAUUAGACACACGUUUUAUUUCAAUAAAGAACACUAAAGUGGUAUACAAACGACUCGCUUACCGUUCGAUCAGUACGUUCAGUUACCGUGACGAGUGUUUCGUAAUCUAUAGUGUGGUGAAAAUUAAAAGUGUAAUCCUGUAUUCCCGAAUCACGUAACGCGUCAAUAGUUUGUAGGAGGUAUUUUGGUUUCGCUACAAAUUGGGGAUGUCGUCACGUUACGAGCUUGAGGCACCCCUACCAGGCACCAACGAGGAUUUGUUGGUCUGCCCCAGACGUCCCCUGCCGGAAGAUGACGAUAUUCUGAACGCCGUAGAUUUCACCCUCCGCAAGCGACGGGUCUGGACACCCGAGGAGGAAGAUUCCCUUGCCUCCGAAGACAUUGAUCUGCUGGACGAUGAUGACGAGUUGGAGGAGGAAGAAGACGAUGGUGUGGGUUGUCCACUUCCGUCCACCCCAGAGGACACCCAGCUGUUGGAGGCAGAAAUGACCGAAGUUCUAAAGGCCGGUGUUCUAUCGGACGAAAUUGACCUGGGCGCGUUGGCUCAUAAUGCGGCCGAACAAGCGGAGGAAUUUGUGCGCAAGGUGUGGGAAGCAUCGUGGAAGGUGUGUCAUUUUAAGCAUCUUCCCUCCUGGCUGCAGGAUAACGAUUUUCUGCACAAGGGCCAUCGACCACCGUUGCCCUCGUUUAGCGCUUGCUUCAAGUCUAUCUUCCGCAUCCAUACCGAAACUGGUAACAUCUGGACGCAUCUGCUGGGGUGCGUGAUGUUCAUUGGCGUGGCAAUGUAUUUCAUGACACGACCUUCGUUCGAGAUGCAACUGCAGGAGAAGUUGAUCUUUAUGGCGUUUUUUGUCGGUGCGAUUGUGUGUCUUGGAUUUUCAUUUGCCUUCCACACGCUAUGCUGCCACUCGGAGAUGGUAGGCAAACUGUUUUCCAAGUUGGAUUACUGCGGUAUCGCACUGCUAAUCAUGGGUUCGUUCGUACCCUGGCUGUACUACGGCUUCUACUGUCACUACAAGCACAAAAUGAUCUAUCUGACAGUGGUGAUUGUUCUCGGUAUGACCUCGAUUAUAACGUCCCUGUGGGACAAGUUCUCUCAGCCGAAUCUAAGACCUUUACGAGCAGGUGUUUUCAUGAGCUUCGGACUCUCCGGUAUCAUCCCGGCUAUUCACUACGUCCUAAUGGAAGGUUGGUUCAGCAAAAUCUCUCAGGCCAGCCUUGGUUGGCUGAUUUUGAUGGGAUUGUUGUACAUUCUGGGCGCAAUGUUCUAUGCCCUGCGGGUGCCCGAACGAUGGUUUCCAGGAAAAUGUGACAUUUGGUUUCAAUCACACCAAAUUUUCCACGUAUUGGUUCUGGUGGCCGCCUUUGUGCACUACCAUGGCAUCAGCGAGAUGGCCAUGUACCGAGUGACGGUCGGUGAGUGUGACAUCCCCCAUCAACAUCCGGCGAUCGGAUUUUGAGACUCCUAGCGUACUAAGUAGAGAGGCUACUGCAGCAAGUUGUUAUUUUUGUUCCCCUUCUUCCUUGUUCGUUUUUCUAGGGUCAAAAAUUUAUAAUAUAUGCAAAUUCUUAGGUAAAGGAUUUUUUUGUCGCACGCUCUUAUUUCUAUUCGAGAACUAACAACGGGGUGGAUUGAAAAAUUUAACAAACUUAGAGAAUUUAUAAAUUUUUGAAUUAAUUUCUUUUGUUGUAUCAUAUACAUUCAAAAUUUCACAUGACGGAUGGAUGGAACAGUAUUCUUUUGGUAAGAGAAUCAUUUAGCAUCGGCCCACUUUUUUGGAAAAAAGGCGAUUCAGUACACGGAAGAAAAUCAGCCGAAAAUGCAAAAACCCCAUUUGAAAGUUUUAGUAUUUGUCCCAAUAGCGGUACUAUUUUCCAGCAUGAAGCGAGUCAGAAUAUAGGAAGAAAUAAAACCUAUUUAAUUUGGUAAUUACUUAAUAAAAAGAAAAUCACAUUAAGAUAAGAUAAAAUAAUCAAUUGAAUAUAACAAAAGUACAUACGUGGAAACAUACAAAGAUGCAAACACGAGUAAAAUUUAAUUUAUUCAGAAAAACUGGCAGUUUACCAGGCAGAACAAAAACGAUACAAAAAUAUAAUGAUUAACAGUGUUUGAGCUAAA